GUCUGGUCAUUCGAGACUUUGCCACCAAGUGCAACAUGCGAAUUACAUUAACCUCAUUCGCCGCCUGCAUUGCGUUGGCCACCGCCCAAACGCCGCCUACGACGGGGUGGCUGAACCCACUGGUCACCAAGGGCUCCAAGUUCUUCGACUCGGUGACGGGUGCCGAAUUCCGCGUCAAGGGGAUCGCGUUCUACCCUCGCGCGAACGCUGGCAAGAAAUUCGAUGCCAACUCGGUCGACUGGUUCACAGAUGACAUGGAGGGUAUUUGGCGCCCUCACUUGGAGAACCUCAAGGCGUUGGGCGUCAACACCAUCCGAAUGUACGCGGUCGAUCCCAGUGCCCCGCACGACAAGUUUAUGUGCGAGCUCAACAAGCUCGGAAUGUACGCGUUCGUGGGCAUGGCUGCAGUUUGCGAAGGCUGCUACAUUUUGGACGCCGAAGCCCCGUUGUGCUACACCGACGCCAUGUUUACUCGUGCCAUGAUGAUCUACAACGCAUUUGCCGUCUACGACAACGUGAUUGGAUUUUCCGUCGGCAACGAAAACAACUUGGGCAAACUGAUUGAAAAGUCGGCGCCGUGCGUCAAGGCCCUUAUCCGAGACGUGCGGACGUACGCUGACAAGUGCAACGGAUCGUUGCGACCGGUGCCCAUCGGUCUCGACAAUGCCGACAUUGACACGCCGACGCAUCCCCGCGCGAGUUGGCUCGGCUACUACGACUGCCUCAAAGAUGGCAACGAAAACACCCGAGCGGAAUGGAUUGGGUUCAACCCGUACGUCGAGUGCGACCCCACGACCCACUUGACGUAUGCGCAGUCGACGGGUCUCCAAAAACUCAUGAGCGACUACAAGAAGGCCGGCUACCCUCGCCCGAUUGUGUUUGGCGAAUUCGGAUGCAUCAAGAUCACCAACACCAUCAGGAGCAUCGAACAGCAACGCAACUUUUAUGACGCCAAAUGGAUGAACGAAGAGCCAGACAUGACGGACAUGGUCGUCGGGGGUAUUGCUUUUGAAUACAGCGUCGAGAAGGCCAACUUGAUUGACAAGUCGGCCACGCCGCCGUUUGCUGGAAAGGAUCCUGGCCGUUACGGCAUCGGGUACUUCAGCCCAGACAACUGCGACCACGACACCAUUCCGUGCACGUACUCGAAGUACCCCGAGUUUGAUCACCUGGCCCAGGCGUACAACACCACCAAGCCGUCUACACUCACCCUCAAGUCGUUUGAGCCCACGCGUAAGGAGUCCAUGGCGUGUCCCGCCGACUUUCCCACGGUGCCGCUGCCGGCUCGCCCCAACGGUACGUCUGCUGUCUCACAAUUCUAAAGCUCACGACUGGUGAUGCAGUCAAAAUCUUCGAAUGCUCGGUGUACCAGCCCCAGUGCAAUGGCGGGUCAUCCAACAAACAAGUGACGGUCCAGCCGGACGCGUCCACCGCUGCCCCCAAGAAACCGUUCGGUCCGGCGUCCGCGCCCACGUCAGCCCCCGCGGACCCAUCGACCCCUGGCUCGAAUGACGCCUCUUCUGCCGCGCUAACCAUGGCUGCUGUUGGGGUGUGUGCGGCGAUGGUGCAGUUUGUGUAACGCGACGAUUGUAGUCGACAUUUUAUAAGUAAGGCCGGGCGGGGUAUACAACCAUGUCCGUGAUCACGCGUCGUCAAACGAACGUUAUACAACUGAUCGUUGUGGUGGGCGUACAUUAUCUAGGAUGAGCAUAUCCAUCCUUUCGGAACUAGUAUAUCAUUUCAACUAGUACUACUAAUACAGUCUGAUGCAAAACGUUAAGA